AUGACCACGGCAAGCAAGGAUAAGAAGACGAAGCCUAGCGCCUUGCGCUCCAUCAUCGCGGGCUCCUCUGCCGGAGCCGUUGAGAUCACUAUCACCUAUCCCGCCGAAUUUGCGAAGACCCGCACACAACUCAAUCGCCGCUUGGCCGCGGGCCAGAAACUCCCUUGGCCGCCCUUUGGCAAGCAAUGGUACGCAGGGUGUACAACACUGAUCAUUGGAAACUCUUUGAAAGCUGGAAUCCGAUUCGUCGCGUUCGAUGCUAUCAAAGCCGCCCUUCAGGAUGAGAAUGGCAAGAUCUCAGGCCCCAGAACAGUCGUUGCUGGAUUCGGUGCAGGUUUUACCGAAUCUCUGCUUGCAGUCACUCCAUUCGAAUCUAUAAAGACCCAGCUAAUUGACGAUCGCAAGUCCGAGAAGCCGCGGAUGCGUGGCUUCUUGCAUGGUAGCAAGAUCAUUUUCCAAGAAAGAGGCAUUCGAGGUUUCUUCCAGGGCUUUGUGCCUACUACGGCGAGACAAGCCGCCAACUCCGCGACCAGGUUUACCGCUUAUACCACUUUGAAGCAGAUUGCAGAGGGCUAUGUUGCUCCAGGCGAAAAAUUGGGCACGUUGAGCACUUUUGCGAUCGGUGGUAUCGCUGGUAUUAUCACUGUUUAUGUCACCCAACCAUUGGACACGGUGAAAACAAGAAUGCAAUCACUCGAAGCCAGCAAGAACUACAAGAACAGCUUUGUCUGCGCCGCGAGAAUCGUCAAAGACGAGGGUGUCUUCACCUUGUGGUCUGGAGCCAUGCCCCGCCUAGCCCGUCUAAUCAUGAGUGGCGGAAUUGUGUUUACCAUGUACGAGAAAUCGAUGGAGAUGUUGGAUAUCAUGGAUCCGCAGCGGAAGUAUCUUUAA